AUGGUGUCACUUAAGCUAGCCGCUCUGGCUGGCGCCCUUGCCGUGCCUUUGACUGCUGCUGUGGAGAUCAGUGUGAGCUCCGAAGGGGGUAAUGCCACCAGCGGUCAUCAGUAUGGCUUCUUACACGAGGACAUCAACAACUCAGGUGACGGUGGUCUCUACGCCGAGCUCGUCCGCAACCGGGCUUUCCAGGUCAGCGAGACGUUCCCUCCCACCCUGGAGGCCUGGUAUCCCGUCAACGGCGCGCAGCUAUCUCUCAAGAACCUCAGCACGCCGCUGUCCGAGGCAUUACCUACUUCGAUGAAUGUCGCAGCCGGCAACAGCACCCGUUACAGCAAUUCCACCACCAAGGUCGGAUUCUUCAACGACGGUUACUGGGGCAUGGAUGUCAAGGUUCAGACGUAUUCGGGUUCCUUCUGGGUACUGGGUGAAUAUGAUGGCUCCUUCACUGCUUCGCUACAGUCGAAUAUCACGGGAGAGGUUUUUGGAUCGGUCAAGGUCGAGUCUCAGUCGCAGCCUGAUGAGUGGAUCGAGCACACCUUCGAGUUGACCCCUUUCAAAGAUGCUCCAAGCUCCAACAACACUUUCGUAAUCACUUUCGACUCAGUGGGCGUGAGUUCGGGAUCACUUGAUUUCAAUGUCAUCAGUCUCUUCCCUCCGACAUAUAAGGGUCGCAAGAACGGCAUGCGGAUAGAUAUUGCUGAGGCGCUGGAAGAACUGCACCCGACCCUUUUUAGAAUUCCUGGUGGCAACAUGUUGGAAGGGCUGGCGAACACCUCGUGGUGGGACUGGAAGAACUCGAUUGGGCCGCUGAAGGACCGACCAGGCUUUUCAGGAGUUUGGGAAUACCAGCAAACCAACGGGUUGGGCUUGAUGGAGUAUCUCCAGUUCGCAGAAGACCUCGGCAUGGAGCUCGUUGUGGGUGUAUACGACGGCUUGUCUCUCAACGGAGACGUGACCCCGCAAGACGAGCUACAGCCCUUCAUCGACGAUGCGCUCAACGAGAUCGAGUUCAUCAGCGGAUCUGCUGACUCGACCUGGGGAUCAGUCCGAGCCGAGCUGGGUCACCCAGAGCCUUUUCCACUCAAGUACGUCGAGGUCGGCAACGAGGAUUGGCUCGCCGGCGCGCCCGAAAGCUGGACGACGUUCAAGGCAUACCGGUUUCCUAUGUUUCUCGAGGCGAUCAACGAGGCGUAUCCCGACAUCCAGGUCAUCUCGUCGGGGUCGUACUAUGACGGCUACGACAUGCCCGAGCCCGGCGCCGGCGACUACCACGUGUACGCCGAGCCCGAUACUCUCGUCUCGGAGUUCAACAAGUUUGACAAUAUCACGACGCUCCAUCUCAUUGGCGAGAUGGCGGCUGUUCACCCGAACGGCGGUAUUGGCUGGGAUGGCCUUCUCAUGCCGUUCCCUUGGUGGGGAGGCGCUGUUGGCGAGGCCGUGAGUCUGAUUGGUUACGAACGUAACACGGAUAGGAUCAUCGGUGCAGCUUAUGCACCGAUUAUACGCAACAUGAACAGAUGGCAGUGGUCCAUCACCAUGAUCCAAUUCGCCGCCGACCCAGCGUUGACCACCCGUUCUACGAGCUGGUACGUCUGGGAGCUCAUGGCCGCACACAUCAUGACCGAUACGCUUCCAGCUACUUCAGACUUUGACCCGCUCUUCUACGUUGCCGGAAAGAGCGACAAGACCGGCGGCCAUAUAUUCAAAGCAGCCGUCUACAACUCGACGGACGGCGCCGACGUGCCCGUCAAGCUGGCCUUUGAGGGUGUCGGGCCUGGAACCGCGGCAGAGUUGACAGUCCUGACCGGACCUGAAAAUCCGUACAGCGUUAAUGAUCCGUUUACUGGUGUCAACGUUGUUGAGACUACAAAGUCAACUGUGACGUCUAAUGAACAGGGCGUCUUCGAGUUCGACUUGCCGAAUUUGAGUGUUGCUGUGCUGGAUACGAGCUCUGCUUCGAAUAGCACUAGUCGCAAGGUGAAAAGCCGGUGGAAUAGGCAGGUUGAAUAUAGGUGGUAG